CAUCUUUCAAUCGUUCUACUUCAGCCAUGGUUCUUGCCGACCUCGGACGCAAGAUCACCGGCGCGCUGCGCAACAUGACUGCCUCGGCAGUGAUUGACGAGGAGGUUCUCGACGCCAUGCUGAAGGAGAUUUGCACUGCGCUGCUCGAGGCGGACGUCAACGUCAAGCUCGUCAUGAAGCUUCGAACGAGCGUCAAGGCCGCAGUCAACUUUGACGAAAUGGCCGCGGGACUGAACAAGAAGCGCGUCAUCCAGAAGGCAGUCUACGACGAGCUCUGCAGACUCGUGGACCCGGGCAUUGCGCCGUACAAGCCAGUCAAGGGAAAGCCCAACGUCAUCAUGUUUGUUGGUCUGCAAGGCAGCGGCAAGACCACCACGUGCACCAAGCUCGCCUACUACUACCACAAGAAGGGCUGGAAGACGUGCUUGGUCUGCGCGGACACCUUCCGUGCUGGCGCCUUUGACCAGCUCAAGCAGAACGCCACUAAGGCGCGCAUCCCCUUCUACGGUAGCUACACUGAGGCAGACCCCGUUCUCAUUGCCGAGGAGGGUGUGGAGCGCUUCAAGAAGGAGGGCUUUGAGAUUAUCAUUGUCGACACCAGCGGUCGCCACAAGCAGGAGGCCAGUCUCUUUGAGGAGAUGCUCCAAAUCUCCAAGGCUGUCGACCCCCAGAAUGUCAUCUUUGUCCUCGAUGCGACGAUCGGUCAGGCUGCCCUCGGCCAGGCUCAGGCCUUCAAGGCCACCGUCGAUGUCGGUUCGGUCAUCAUGACCAAGCUCGAUGGUCAUGCCAAGGGUGGUGGUGCGCUUUCCGCAGUUGCCGCUACACAAUCGCCAAUCAUUUUCAUCGGUACUGGUGAGCACAUGGAGGAUUUCGAACGCUUCGAGACCAAGGCAUUCAUCGGCAAACUUCUCGGUAUGGGAGACAUUGGUGGCCUGAUGGAGGUCGUGCAAGACUUGAAGCUCGACAACAACAAGGAGCUGCUCACAAAGCUCCAGGCCGGUGUCUUUUCGCUGCGAGACAUGUACGAGCAGUUCCAGAACAUCAUGAAGAUGGGCCCCUUUGGCAAAAUCAUGGGCAUGAUCCCUGGAUUUGAUUCCGAACUCAUCACGAAGGGUUCCGAGCAAGAGUCGAUGCGUCGCCUCAAGCGGUGUAUGACAAUUAUGGACUCCAUGACAGAUACAGAACUCGACAGCGACGGCAAAAUCUUUACCACUCAACCAAACCGAUGCAUGCGCGUGGCUCGAGGCGCCGGUGCUCACCCGCGAGAGGUCGCAGACUUGCUGGCACAGUACAAGAAGUUUGCCGCAAUGGUCAAGCAGAUGGGCGGCAUGAAGGGCUUGUUCAAGGGCGGCGACAUGUCGCGCAACGUCAAUCCCGCGCAGAUGCAACAGCUCAACGCACAGAUGGCCAAGAUGAUGGAUCCUCGCGUGCUCAAGCAAAUGGGUGGCAUGGGCGGCAUUCAAAACAUGAUGAAGCAGUUCACGUCAGGCGGCAUGGGUGGUCUUGGUGAUAUGAUGAACAACCUCGGUUUGGGAGGCAUGGGCGGCCUUGGUGGCAAAAAGUAAACGGUUUACUUGUUUGGUUUUCUUUUUUUCUUUGCAGUGAGCCUCCCCGAUUUGUCGGUGUUUCUUCCAAUCCUUUGCUUCAGCUUUGUACACAACUUAAAACUACAAUUUUUCUCUUCUUUGUCUG